AUGCAGCAGCAGCAGCAGCAGCAGCAGCAGCAGCAGGAGCAGCAGCAGCAGCAGCAGCAGCGUGGGCAGUUGGACAGCAGCAGCAGCAGCAGCAGCAGCAGCAGCAGCAACGCAUGCAGCACCAACCGCAUCGCCUGCUUCUCUACUGCUGCAGCAACAGGACCCACUGUUUCAAAGAUUGGGGGGUAUGAGGUGAAGACACACACCUUCGAUGCGGUUGUCGUCGGCGCGGGGGGCGCUGGGCUCCGCGCGGCCUUUGGCUUGGCCUCAAAGGGUUUGCGUACUGCAUGCAUCAGCAAGCUGUUUCCGACUCGCUCGCAUACGGUCGCUGCGCAGGGGGGCAUCAACGCCGCCCUCGGGAACAUGGGCGAGGACGACUGGCGGUGGCACGCCUUCGACACCAUCAAGGGGUCCGAUUGGCUCGGAGACCAGGCAAGGGAUGCAAUCCAGCACAUGUGUAGAGAGGCCCCUCGCGUGGUGCGAGAGCUCGAGUCUUACGGCCUGCCUUUCUCACGCACAAAAGACGGAAAAAUAUACCAGGCAAGGCGAGCAUUCGGCGGCCAAUCACUAAAAUACGGAAAGGGGGGACAGGCGUAUCGAUGCGCCGCUGCUGCUGACAGAACGGGCCACGCAAUGCUGCACACUCUAUACGGCCGAGCUCUCUCUUAUGCAUGCACUUUUUUUGUUGAAUAUUUUGCGCUGGAUCUGCUGAUGGAGGCGGAUAGGUGUUUGGGGGUUUUGGCGGUUUGUCUUGAGGAUGGGUCCCUACAUAGAUUCGCCACAAACCACACUGUUCUUGCUACUGGAGGGUACGGGAGAGCAUACCAGAGCUGCACCUCGGCUCACACAUGCACGGGCGAUGGCGGGGCAAUGGCGGCGCGGGCGGGGGUUUGUCUCCAGGAUUUAGAGUUUGUUCAGUUUCACCCAACGGGGAUAUUUCCUGCGGGGUGUCUGAUGACGGAGGGAUGCAGAGGAGAAGGCGGUAUUCUACGCAACAGCGAGGGGGAGCCCUUCAUGGCUCGGUACGCCCCCACGGCAAAAGACCUAGCCAGCCGUGACGUGGUUUCUCGUUCUAUGACUAUAGAAAUCCGAGAAGGUAAACCCUAA